CACUGCAAACGGUUCAUUUCAAAACACCACGUGCAGCGGAGAGCGUUUGGGUUUCAAUUGUUUUUAGUGGUUUUCUAAAAGAAAUAAACCUACGCCAUGCUGGAGGAGAUGAAACAAAUGAAGACCACUCCGGUGCUGACCAAUUCCCGGCCGGAAUUCAAGAAGAUACCCAAAAAACUGAGCAGGCACUUGGCCAACUUAGGAGCACCCCAUGUGGAUUCCUUUGACGAGAUGUUGACCGUGGGCCUGGGUCACGUGGCCAAGCACAUGAUUCCCAUCCAUUGGCAGAGUCCUGCCGGCGAAAAGAUCACACUGAAGGUGGAAUCCAUUUGGAUAUCGAAGCCACAGGUGCCGCAAGAUGUGAUUGACGUGCGCACCCGAGAAAUUUACCCCACGGACUCGAGGCAACUUCACCUCUCCUACUCGGGCAUCUGCUCGGCUCGAUUGGGGUGGAGUGUCAAUGGCGUCGAAAAGAACGCGAUAAAUUUGGAUCUGGGUGAAGUGCCCAUUAUGCUGCGGUCCAAGGCCUGCAAUCUGGGACUGGCUUCGCCGGCAGACAUGGUGAAGCAUGGAGAGCACGACAGCGAGUGGGGCGGAAUCUUUGUGAUCCGUGGAAACGAGAAGAUCGUGCGCAUGUUGAUCAUGACCAGAAGAAAUCAUCCCAUCUGCAUAAAGCGCUCUUCGUGGAAGGAUCGCGGACAGAACUUCAGCGAUAUCGGUGUGCUAGUGCAAACAGUCCGCGAGGACGAGUCGUCCCAGAGUAAUGUAGUCCACUAUUUAAACAAUGGAACAGCCAAGUUCAUGUUCUCCCACGUGAAGAGGCUAUCCUACGUGCCCGUUUGCCUGAUCCUGAAGUGCCUGAUGGAUUAUACUGAUGAAGAGAUUUACAACAGAUUGGUGCGGGGCUAUGAAUCCGACCAGUACUACGUGUCCUGCGUGCAGAGCAUGCUGAGAGAAGUGCAGAACGAGAAUGUCUACACACACGCCCAGUGCAGGAGCUUUAUUGGCAAUCUGUUCCGCUCCCGCUUCCCAGAAGUUCCGGAAUGGCAACCGGAUGAGGAUGUCACAGACUUUAUCCUCAAGGAGCGAGUAAUGAUCCACCUGGAUACCUACGAGGACAAGUUCCAGUUGAUUGUCUUCAUGGUGCAGAAGCUUUUCCAAUGCGCCCAGGGCAAACACAGAGUGGAAAACGUCGAUUCGGCUAUGAUGCAGGAAGUGCUCCUGCCAGGACACCUCUACCAGAAGUACUUAAGUGAACGAGUGGAGUCCUGGGUCUUGCAAGUCCGCCGAUGCCUCCAAAAGAAGUUGACCACCCCGGAUGCCCUACUGACCAGUGCCGUGAUGACACAAUGCAUGAAACAAGCGGGCGGAAUUGGACGCUCUAUGGAGUCCUUCCUUGCCACUGGCAAUAUCGCCAGUCGCACUGGCCUGGGAUUGAUGCAAAAUAGUGGCUUGGUCAUCAUGGCAGAGAACAUUAACAGGAUGCGUUAUAUGUCUCACUUCCGCGCCAUCCACCGAGGUUCCUACUUCACAACCAUGAGAACCACGGAGGCGCGCCAGCUGCUCCCCGAUGCUUGGGGCUUCAUUUGUCCAGUUCACACUCCGGAUGGCACACCCUGUGGCCUGCUCAAUCAUUUGACACUUACCUGUGAGAUUUCAAAGCGUCCGGAUCCCAAGCUGGUGGCGACCAUUCCCGCAAAGCUGACAGAGAUGGGCAUGAUGCCCUUGUCAAACCAAAGUAAUCCGGGGGUCAAACUGUACGUGGUCUUUCUGGACGGCAAACACCUGGGUCACAUUCUGCAAUCAGAGGCCACCAGCAUAGUCGACGAGCUGCGCUACGGAAAGAUAUUUGGAACCGUUCCCCAGAUGAUGGAAAUAGGUUUCAUACCCUUCAAGAAGAAUGGUCAGUUCCCAGGACUUUACCUGUCGACGGGACCGGCCAGGAUGAUGAGGCCCGUUUGGAACCUGAAGUGGAAGAGGGUGGAGUACAUUGGCACUCUGGAGCAACUGUAUAUGGAAAUUGCCAUCGACCCUAAGGAGAUGUAUCCAGACUUCACCACUCACCUAGAGUUGGCGAAGACACACUUCAUGAGCAACCUGGCCAACUUGAUUCCCAUGCCGGACUACAAUCAAUCGCCUCGUAACAUGUACCAGUGUCAGAUGGGAAAGCAAACGAUGGGAACGCCUUGCUUAAAUUGGCCCAAGCAAGCGGCCAAUAAGUUGUACCGCCUUCAGACACCGGCAACCCCGCUCUUCCGCCCAGUUCACUACGACAACAUUCAGAUGGAUGACUUUGCAAUGGGCACAAAUGCUAUAGUAGCAGUCAUUUCCUACACGGGCUACGACAUGGAAGAUGCCAUGAUCAUCAACAAAUCGGCCUAUGAACGAGGAUUUGCUUAUGGAAGUAUCUACAAAACAAAGUUCCUCACGCUGGACAAGAAGAGCAGCUACUUCUCCAGGCAUCCGCACAUGCCGGAGUUAGUUAAGCAUCUAGAUUCGGAUGGUCUUCCUCAUCCUGGCUCCAAAUUAAGUUUUGGUACGCCAUUGUACUGCUAUUUUGAUGGAGAGGUGGCCACUUACAAGGUGGUCAAGAUGGACGAGAAAGAAGAUUGCACAGUAGAAAGCGUCCGAAAGUUGGGAAGCUUUGACUUGACGCCCAAGAAAACAGUGGCCAUUACCCUGAGGAUUCCGCGGCCCGCUACUAUCGGAGAUAAGUUUGCGUCAAGAGCCGGUCAGAAGGGAAUUUGCUCACAAAAAUAUCCUGCCGAGGACCUGCCCUUCACGGAGUCGGGCUUGAUCCCAGACAUCGUGUUCAAUCCCCACGGUUUCCCCUCCCGUAUGACAAUCGCCAUGAUGAUCGAGACGAUGGCUGGAAAGGGUGCCGCGAUCAACGGUGACGUGUACGAUGCGACUCCCUUCCGCUUCUCCGAGGAGAAUACGGCUAUCGACUAUUUUGGCAAGGUGCUGGAGGCUGGCGGCUACAAUUACUACGGAACGGAGAGACUGUAUUCCGGAGUCGAUGGCCGCGAGAUGACGGCGGAUAUAUUCUUCGGCGUGGUCCAUUACCAGCGACUCCGACACAUGGUGUUUGACAAAUGGCAGGUGCGAUCCACGGGAGCGGUGGAGGCUCGCACACAUCAGCCAAUUAAGGGCAGAAAACGAGGAGGCGGCGUGAGAUUCGGAGAGAUGGAACGGGAUGCCUUGAUCUCCCACGGAGCAGCCUUCCUGCUGCAGGACCGAUUGUUCCACAACUCGGACAAGACACACACGCUGGUGUGCCACAAGUGUGGCUCUAUUCUGGCGCCGCUGCAGCAGAUUGUUAAGCGGAACGAGACGGGAUUGCUCUCCUCGAAGCCGGACACGUGUCGCUUGUGCGGGGACAACAGUAACGUGUCCAUGAUCGAGAUACCCUUCUCCUUCAAGUUUCUGGUCACCGAACUGAGUUCGGUCAACAUCAAUGCCAGAUUCAAGUUGAACGAGAUUUAGGUGGAAAUUAAGAUUAUUGUUAGACCUUAUUUUAUCCCUUGUACUAUUCCUAAUAAAGUUGAUGAAAAAAGCUGUCAAAAAUGGUUUCAAUUUA